UACUAUUCAUAAAUCCAUGGAUGCUCAAACAGUCCGGCAACGCUCCAAAGAUGGAUUCACUCGCACGGAUGACCGGAAAACCAUUCAUGAGAAGAAACAUGCGAAGGCUCGGCGCGGGCUCCGUUCACUCGCGGUCGCCGUGGCCCUCCCUCUCGUCCUCUCCCUCCUGUCCUUCUCCCUCUCAUCGCCGCUGCAACCCAAGCCAGAUGACACAUCCCACGUGUGGCAUCCGCCUGCAUGGACGAUGAACGUGGCGGCGGCAACAACGGCUGGCCUAAUUGGCCUGGCGGCGUGGCUGGUUUGGGCUGAGGGUGGCAUGCGAACUCUGGCGCCGGUCAUACUAUACGCCGCCCAGUUUGCCCUCGGGCUUGCGUGGGCACCGUUCGCCGGUGCUGGUCGGGUGGGGCUCGUGCUCAGCUUGGCGAACGUGGCUAUGCUUGCGGGAUGUUCGACUUGUUUCCGGCGGAUCAACCCCUUCGCCGGCAACCUGGUCAAUCCUUGCAUAGUUUGGGCGGCGUUCUUGGCAUUUCUUAGUUAUAGGAUGAUGUGAGAGGCGAGUUUGUGUUUGAAAUUGAGUGCUGUACGUAGGUGAAUAAGUUGGACAGAAAGUUAAAUAAGGAAUUCAUUCAAAGAUAAUUCUACAAACUGAUGUUCUCUUUACCAUUUCAAAUUGAAAUUUGUGUG